CAUUAACCAAUAUAAAUACAACUUGUCAGUGAACGCGCCAACUGCAGCUCUAGAAAACGAAAGUGAAAGUAAGAAAACUGAAUGCUUUUAUUUUCAGUUGAAAUUCUGUAAACUAACGGCCUACACGACGUUGUGAACGCAGCAGAAGGGACCCAGGGGGGGAGAAGAUCAGACUCGUGUGAUCUACCAGUGCAGUAUCAUUAUGGACAAAACAUCCGGCGAUGAUAGUUGUCAAGUUAUGGACAAAACAUCUGGCGAUAGUUGUCAAGUUAUGCACAAAACAUCCGGCGAGGAUAGUUGUCAAGUUUGCAGAAAGAGACAAGAGAGACAUAAAUGGAGAGAAAAGCGGUCAGACUCAUCUAUGUUCAGCUGUGUGACUACAAAAAGUGACUACUCUAUGGAUCAGCCUCUACGUUUCAAUAAUGAAAACAUCGACCACAGUUCAGUCUCGCCGGAGCUCAGCUGUGUGUCUUUAAAGAGUGACAACUCUAUGGAUCAGCCUGUUCGUUUUAAGGACGAAAGUUCAGUCCUGAUGAAAAGAUCAAGUUUACCUGACCCCAGCUUUGUGUCCAUGAGGAGUGAAGGAUCUAUGGAUCAGCCUCUGCGUUUUAAGGACGAAAGUUCAGUCCUGAUGAAAAGAUCAAGUUUACCUGACCCCAGCUUUGUGUCCAUGAGGAGUGAAGGAUCUAUGGAUCAGCCUCUGCGUUUUAAGGAUAAAAACACCAACCGCAGUUUAGUUCUGCAGGAAAGAUCUGAUUUAACAGAGCACAGCUGUGUGUCCAUGAGGAGUGAAGGAUAUAUGGAUCAGCCUCUGCGUUUUAAAGAUGAAAACACUAACAGCAGAAUUCUCCUGUUGGAAGAGCAGUUCAGGGUCCAAAUAGGUCCAAAUAUCAGACAUGAACAUAAACCGACUGAAGUCUUUGACACAUUUAAAUCAAAUCUGAGAGGGAAGUUUCAGUGUUUAUAUGAGGGAACAUCAAAUCAAAGAAACCCAACACUACUGAAUGAGAUCUACACAGAGCUCAACAUCACAGAAAGUGAAAGUGGAGAGAUCAAUAAUGAACAUGAGGUGAGACAGAUUGAGAUACAAUCCAGAAGAACAACAACAGAGGAGACACCAAUCAAAUGUAAUGACAUCUUUAAACCUUUACUUGAACAAGACAAACACAUCAGAAGUGUGAUGACAAAGGGAGUCGCUGGCAUUGGAAAAACAGUCUCUGUACAGAAGUUCAUUCUGGACUGGGCUGAAGAGAAAGAGAAUCAGGACGUCCACCUCAUAUUUCCACUUCCUUUCAGAGAGAUCAAUUUGAUGAAGGACAAAACACUCAGUCUUUUAGAUCUUCUUCAUCUUUUCUUCCCAGAGAUAAAAGAAAUGGAAAUCUUCAGUGAUAAAUAUAAAGUGUUGUUCAUCUUUGAUGGUUUGGAUGAGUGUCGUCUGUCUUUGGAUUUUCACAGCAGUGUGAGGUUGUGUGAUGUAAGUGAAUCAACCUCAGUGGACGUGAUGCUGACAAACCUCAUCAAGGGGAAUCUGUGUCCCUCUGCUCUCAUCUGGAUCACCUCCAGACCAGCAGCAGCUGAUCGCAUCCCCUCUGAGUGUGUUGAUCGAAUCACAGAGGUACGAGGCUUCAGUGAUCCACAAAAGGAGGAAUACUUCAGGAAGAGAAUCAGUGAUGAGAGUCUGUCUGAUCAAAUCAUCUCACACCUGAAGUCAUCCAGGAGUCUCUACAUCAUGUGUCACAUCCCAGUGUUCUGCUGGAUUUCAGUCACUGUUCUAGAGAGAAUAUUGAGUGAAGCAGAGAGAAGAGAGAUCCCCAAGACUCUCACUCAAAUGUACACACACUUCCUGAUCAUUCAGACAAACAUCAAACAUCAGAAGGACUAUGAGAAUAAAGUGAAGGAUGAAGAGAUGAUCUUUAAACUGGGUAAACUGGCUUUUGAGCAGCUUGUGAAAGGCAAUGUGAUCUUCUAUGAUAAAGACCUGAUUGAGUGUGGCAUUGAUGUAUCAGAAGCAUCGGUGUACUCAGGAUUGUGUACUCAAAUCUUUAGAGAGAAGUUUGGUUUGUAUCAGGGGAAAGUUUACAGCUUUGUUCAUCUCAGCAUUCAGGAACAUCUAGCAGCUCUACAUGUGCACCUUCAAUUCAUGACCGAACGCACACUGUGGUCUAGUCUGUUUGACACCCCAGUAUUAUUUAAGCUGAAUGUUGUUUCUGACCUGCAAGGAGCUGUGGAUGCAGCUUUACAGUAUGAAAAUAAACAUCUGGAUCUUUUCCUCCGUUUCCUUAUGGGCCUGUCAGUUGAGUCAAAUCAGGCACUUUUACGAGGUCUACUAAUACCAUCAAAAAACAACUCUCAAAAGAAAAUGGAAGCAAUCCAGUACAUUAAACGUAAGAUCAGUGAGAAUCCUUCACCAGAGAUAUCCAUCAAUCUGUUUCACUGUCUGAAUGAACUGGGUGAUCAUUCACUAGUGGAGGAAAUCCAACAAUACCUAAAAUCUAGGACUGUAGGAGAUUCUCCUCUCUCUUACUCACAGUGGUCAGCUUUAGUGUUUAUGUUGCUAACCUCAGAACAGAAGAUUGAUGUCUUUUAUUUGAAUAAUUUUGUUGGAGCACUAAACACAGCAGAUAAAGUUCUUCAGAAACUUCUGCCUGUUGUUAAAGAAUCCACAUCAGCACAGAUGAGUGACUGUGGUCUCACAGCUGAAGGUUGUGCUGCUUUGGCUUCAGCGCUGAGAUCAAACCCUUCACACCUGAUAGAACUGAAUCUGUCGUGGAAUGAUAAUCUUGGAGACUCAGGAGUGAAGAUGCUCUCCAUUGGACUGAAGAAUCCUGACUGUAAACUGGAGAAACUAAAGUUGUGGAGGUGUAAUAUCACAGAUGAAGGUUGUGUUGCUCUGUCUUCAGCUCUGAGAUUAAACCCAUCACACAUGAGAGAACUGAGUCUGUCUGAGAAUAAUCUUGGAGAUUCAGGAGUAAAGGAGAUCUCUGACUUACUGAAGGAUCCUGACUGUAAACUGGAGAUCCUGAGGUUGUGGGGAUGUAAUAUCACAGCUGAAGGUUGUGUUGCUCUGACUUCAGCUCUGAGAUCAAACCCAUCACACCUGAGAGAUCUGAAUUUGUCUCAGAAUAAUCUUGGAGAUUCAGGAGUAAAGUUGAUCUCUGAUGUACUGAAGAAUCCUGACUGUAAAUUGAAGAUCCUGAGUUUGUGGGGUUGUAAUAUCACAGAUGAAGGUUGUGUUGCUCUGACUUCAGCUCUGAAAUCAAACCCAUCACACCUGAAAGAUCUGAAUCUGAUUGGAAAUCAUUUUAAAGAUUCAGGGGUGAAGCUGCUUUCUGAUCUAAUGGAUGAUCCACAUUAUGGACUAGAGACACUACAGUUAGUAGAGAUACAUAAGUAAUUGAGACCAUGUUAAAGUUGUAUUCAUGUAAUGUGAAUCUUCUGAACAUGAGUGACAGCAUUCAUGUUAUGUACUUCAUAUGUGACUGCAUGUUUUAUUGUAAGAAUGAUGGAUUUUAGAUGGCUGUCUGAUCAUCGUUCCAAAUUACAGUGAGCUUUAAGUACUACAUGUGUAGGCAAAGGCAUAGAUGUAAAUAUUAGCACUCAACACUGAAGACUAUUGAUUAUAGAAUUAUUUCCAAAGUCCAGCCAUAAUCUUUAAAGUUUGACCUAUCCUUAUAAAAUGUAAUGGAAGUAGACAGUAUUAUCUAAAAAUCAUAUUUGUUUUAUAUUGCACUGCAUGUAGAGUAAUGUAGUUCUAUUGUAUGUCUAUCAAUGCCUUUCAUUCUAUCAAGUCUAUCAAUGAUUGUGUCGUUGUAAAGAUCAUUUCAAUUCAAUGUUGUCCAAAAAACAUUUUUAAUUUACUGUAAAAAUAUCACCAAGCCAGCAAACUAAAAGCAGCUGAGACAAGAAGCAAAAACUGGUAGUUAUGCAUAUUUUUAAUUAAAUUGGUACACCAAAGAUUGCAGUACAUAACGUAUUAAAACAUUUGUCUUAAUAGAUAGUAGUCAGUGGGCCUAGUGAGUAAGAUACACUUUGGAGAAACCAAGCACAAGCUGCGUUAUCUGCUGGUAACACAUUAAACAGCGUUUUAUGGUAGUUGGAUAAAUGAUUGAAAAUGACAUUUAUAUAACUGACCUUUAGCAGUAUGUCUUAUCUAGUGCAGUUUCAAAUGACACAAACAAACAUUUGCAGUGUUUUUAAAGUGUAACAUGAUUUGUCACUUGUAUUUAUAGUAAAUGUCUUACCAUCUUUUGUUUCUGUUUAUAUUUUGAAUAUAAUAAUUGAAUGUCUUUGCA